AUGGGACCAGCAUAUGGCGCCCCACAGUAUGGGCAAAACGGCUACGGCGCCCCACAGUAUGGGCAAAACGGCUACGGCGCCCCACAGUAUGGGCAAAACGGCUACGGCGCCCCUAAUGGACAAAUCGGCUACGGCGCCCCUGAUGGGCAAAACAGCUACGGCGCCCCUAAUGGGCAAAACGGGUAUGGAGCCCCUAAUGGGCAAAUCGGUUACGGCGCCCCUAAUGGACAAAACAGCUUCGGCGCCCCUAGUGGGCAAAUCGGGUCUGACGCCCAUAACGGGCAGAACGCCCACAGCGGCCACCAACAAAACACCCCAUCUACAGACGUCAAAUCACCCGCUGACGUCCACCUUCAAGACAUAACUAAAAACAAUAAUUGA